AUGAAAAACUUUCAAUUGGAGAAAAAAGGUAUAGAAAUAAACGGUCAGCACCUAAGCAACUUGAGAUUCGCCGACGAUAUAGUUAUUUUCUCAAACAGUGCUACGCAGCUACAAGACAUGCUUAACGAAUUGGUUUGUGCAAGCAGAAGCAUUGAUUUAGAAAUGAACACCUCUAAAACUAAAAUUAUCGCUAACAGCAAAGAACGACCAGAUUUUGUCAAUACCACGUCUCUUGAAUAUGUCCCGAGCUACAUAUACCUAUGGAAGCAAAUAUCGUUUAGUCAUAACAGACAUGUGGAUGAAACACCCAGAAGAGUAAACCUAGUAUGGAACUAA